AUGUCUUAUCCUCCACCAGGGUCGGGACAACCACAAGGAGGAUAUUAUCCUCCGUUUCCGCCUCCGCCUUCACAACCAGCCAACAACUACUUCCCUCCGCCUCCUCCAUCUGGUCCCUCACCAGGCCCUCAUACCGACUACCCUCCCCCUCCUCCCUUCUUGUCGAAUGUUGCCCACACCCCGUCCCCUCCUCCGCUUCAGCAACCGACGGCGCAAAGACCGUACAACUAUGGCGGCGCUGUGCCGGCAUCUGCACCAGCCCACCGGACAACCUUUGACCAUGCCAGCCUCCAUGACCGACAGCCUUCGUACAGCGGUCCUCCCCCGUCCCAAUUUGCUGCUCCGCCGACGCCAGAACAACCACUGGCUUCUCCGAGGCUUCAGAAGCUUACCCAAGAGUUUGGCAAUAUGAUGAGAGCCCCAAGCGGGCCGAAACUGCCGGGCGUCCCUGAGGGGAGUCAGUUCGUGGGCGCCCAAGCCACAGCGGCAGACGACAUAGGGACGUUCAAUGGAGGCUCGUACCGCAUCUCGCACCGUGACUCCAACUCCAUUCUGACCGUUCAACUGGCGAUGGGGUGUCCUUUGACGGCCAAACCGGGGGCCAUGAUUGCCAUGUCCCCCUCGAUCACCCUGAAAGGAGCCGUCAAGUUCAGUAUGAAGAAGUUGCUGAUUGGAGGCGAGAUGACCCAUUCUACAUUCACCGGUCCUGGCGAGCUGUUGCUGGCCCCCAGCAGCCUGGGCGAUAUCUCAAUCCUUCAUCUGGGCGGAAGUGACACUUGGAGUGUGGGGAGAGACGCUUUUCUAGCUUGCACGCAGGGCGUCAUCAAGGAAUACAAAAGUCAAGGGAUCGGCAAGGCCAUGUUUUCCGGCGAGGGCCUGUUCGUGUACAAGAUGUCGGGAAGAGGCCUUCUGUGGAUAUCUACGUUCGGGGCGAUCCUCAAGAAAGACCUUGUGGACGGUGAGAAAUACAUUGUCGACAAUGGACAUCUGGUGGCCUGGAACUGCAAAUACAUCCUCGAACGCGUGGCUAGCGGUGGCAUCAUCUCCGGCAUGGCCAGUGGGGAAGGCCUGGUGUGCAAGUUCACUGGGCCCGGCACGGUUUACCUGCAAACGAGGAAUGCCAGCGCCUUUUCUGCCUUUAUGAGUGGACAGGCUGCUCAGGCGGUUUGA